GAUGGAAAUGUCCGAAUCAACACCAAUAGUUGAAGAAGAUGAUUUGGCGACAAUUGAUGAGGAAAAGAAUGAAAUCAAGUCUUAUCAGAGUACGGACUCGACGACUCCAAAGUCAGAACAAAGAUUCCAAAAGAAACGAAGCUCGUUUUCUGAAACAGUUCACCGAUCCCUCAGGCAUAGAUCCUAUAGCGCCUUUAGACGUCUUUAA